AUGAAAGUCCUAACACUUAUCUUGGGUUGCACUUUAGUCACCAUUUCCCUGGUGAAGUACGCCGAUAGUGUUGCUUGCACCUCGACUGAUCCCGAUACCCCAACUGGUUGCACGGAUUGCUCCCUGGCGGCGAAUGCUUCGGCUGACGAUUGUACAACCACCACAACGACGACGACAACAACAACUGAGUCCUCUGGAUCAGCAUCCUCCACAGAGGCAUCCACAGAGUCAAGCUCAGACUCCACCUCAACCUCCACCACAUCCUCGACAACCUCUGGCUCUAGCUCCAGUUCCAGUUCCAGUUCUAGCAAUGCCGCAGCUCUGGCUCGCCUGAGGCUCACCAUUUCCCUGGUGAAGUACGCUGAUGGUGUGGCUUGCACCUCAACUGAUCCCGAUACCCCAACUGGUUGCACGGAUUGCUCCCUGACGGCGAAUGCUUCGGCUGCCGAUUGUUCAACCACCACAACGACGACGACAACAACGACAGAGUCCUCUUCAUCAUCUGGAUCAUCAUCCGCCACCACAGAGUCAAGCUCAUCGGAUAGCGACACCACAACCACAACCACCACCACUACCACCACUGCAUCCUCGUCUUCUGGUGCCACAGCAGCUUUGACUCGUCUGAGGAAUACGAUUUCUAGGUUGCAGCGUCAUCGUCGCCAGCAGGCUGCCAAACGUCGCCGUGCUGCCAGGAGGCAGUCUGAAAGGAGGAGGGCUGCUGCCAGGAGGAGGAACCGCAGAGGUUGCUUCCUCGUGACCAUAUCCAUGGUGCAAUACACGGAUUGUUCAUCCUCCUCGGUCUCAACAACAACAACAUCAUCAACAACAACAACAACUGAGUCCUCUUCUUCAUCUGGAUCCGCCACCACAGAGUCAAGCUCAUCGGAUAGCGACACCACAACCACAACCACGACAACCACCACCGCAUCCUCGUCUUCCGGUGCCACAGCAGCUUUGACUCGUCUGAGGAAUACGGUUGCUAGGUUACAGCGUCAGCGUCGCCAGCAGGCUGCCAAACGUCGCCGUGCUGCCAGGAGGAAGGCUCAGAGGCAGAGGAGGAGGGCAGCUGCCAGGAGGAGGAGGAACAGGAGGAACCGCAGAGGCUAA